AAUGACGCAAAAAGGCUACGAGGGAGGCCACGCAAGGAUGAGCUAGCUCGGCCUCCUUCGCCCAUUUGGAUGCUGCCGAGCUCCAUUCGCGAUGCUUGCAAGCGAAAACAUUUUACUUCAAAAAAAGCUUGUGUGCAGCGUGAGAGUAGGUGUUACUGGGCGGUCGGCAGAUAGGCCAAGACCUUGUCAAUUGCGCAUUUUUAGUUGGCAAAGUUUUGGUUGCUGUAUCAUAUGUACCUGUAGAGAGCUAGAAUGCUGGUCGCAGAUUGGAACGACGUGCGAAAGCGGACACAAAAUCCAUUGCAGACACCAAAAAGGCACACAAAGAGGCCAUGAGUGAGGUGAAAGACUCCACAGAAGAAGUUUUUGAGGCGUGCUCAGGCGCAGACGUGAAUUCAGUGACGCGAGUCUGCGCGGGCGGAAAAAGCGCCACGCGCGCCUCCGCACAAGGACUGCAGCUAGUACUAGAGGAUGUGGAACCGUACUACGGAAACACAAUCAUUGACAGUGCCAAGUACCGGGACCAUGUCAGCCUGUUUGACGACGACGUACUCAUGUGUGUGAAGCAGAGCACCAAGUACCAGGAGGCGCUGAGCAAGGACCCAAGCCUGACGAACAUGCGGACCGCCAAAGACGCACAGAGCUUGCUGGCGUCGAUGAACCGGGCAGAGAUUAGCGGAGGUACAGAGCGGCAGGCCGCGUGGCUCACCGCGGGUAACUUGAAGUUCCGCGAGGCGUGGCACGAUUCGAUUAUGCAGCUGGGGCUGUCACUUGAGCAGUACGCCGCGCUGCGCAACUUCAAGCGGCAGACCAACCAGGCGUUCCACCAGACGAGCCCGCCGUCAGAAGCGCUCAUGGAGCUGAAGAAGGUUGCGGUGCCGGCGGAGUACAGCCAGUACAAGGAGCCGCUCAUCAAGCUGCUGGAAAUACUUUCUGCCGCUCCAGGCACCCGUUGAUGUGCAUUUGACGUGCCUGGCGUGCCUGGGCGCAUGGGGUUGAGCCACCGUCUGCCAUUCGGCGGCGUGAUGGUGUCGCCUGCCUGUGAUGGACGGGGCGGCGACGGUGGCAGGCGCGGCGGGGGCAGGAAGGACGACAGCGGGUGCGGGCCUGCACAGACGGGCGGGGUGGCGGCAGCGGCAGGCAAGGUCGGGGCGUGAUGGAGUCGCUGGCUGGGUGCGGACUGCCCAUGCCGGGCGGGGUCGCGCCGGCGGCAGGCGCGGCGGGGGCGGGAAGGACAACAGCGAGCAGCACUGCUGGUAGAUUGGGGACGGCAGUACAGCAGCAAGCAGUCGACAACGGCUGUGCAAAAGCUACCGGCAACCCGCGUCAACUGAUAUUGAACGGCAAGAGCGAGGAAGUGCGGGCGGCGGCUAUGCAGGUGUGCGGCGGCUGCAGGUUUGUGUAAUGGUGCUGCUGCGAGUACCAGGCAGAGCGUUGUAAGGCAGGGGGGCCACAUGGGCGUGUGCUGGGAGGCCAAGCAUCUCUGGGAGCCGCGAAUGGAGCCGCAGUUAUUAGGCGUGAUGUUGGUCGAGGCAGGAGCGGUGAGAAACUGAUCAGAAAUUAUGGAAGCUGCAGACGGGGUGGUUGGGGUUUGGUUGCCACCAAACAUUGCAUGGCUGAGUUAACAAAGCCUGACAUCGAACUUGUAUGCAUGCGGGGUGGUUGGGUUGGAGCUCACAGGUGCUCAAGUGGUGCUCAAGAGGCCGUUCUGAGCCAUGCCAGUGAAGCGUCGGAACGCCAAGUGGACCAGGGGUCCACCUGAAGUGGGCGUGAAGUGGGCGUCGUGUUUCCAAGCGUGAGGGCCGUUAGCCCUGCUUUGCAUGUGUGUUUACGACCUGGUUCUGUAGUCCUCUAAUAAGUGAGGGCGUCGUGCAAGUGGCGGUUUCAAUCCUCGAUUGAUGUGCAUCCAGUCGAGGGAGCCAGGUCUAGUCGGCGCGUGAGCUCAAGCAAGCUUGUCUUUGCUUGAGCUUCUUGGUGACGGCCGCUAAGCGAUUUCAGAGUUCAAAGACCACCGCAAAAUAUAUCAAAUUCUGCAAUUAUUUUUACGCUG